AACGGAAGUGACGCCAUGAAGACCAAAGCAGUCGAUCGGUGGGGCUGGUGCGUUUGUAACCACUGUGUAAACUUCAGAAGUGUGUGCAGUAUGUCGGCCUGCAGGCUGAUGAGAGCCAUUUCAGUGCGGGAGUUCGGGGCCCCUUCAGUCCUCAGGCUGACCGAGCUGCGCAUUCCUCAGCCCGGACCCGGACAGGUGUUGAUCCGUGUCCACGCCUGUGGAGUGAACCCUGUGGAAACCUACAUCCGGACAGGGACGUACCCCCGUAAGCCCACCCUGCCCUACACACCGGGGACAGACGUAGCUGGGGUGGUGGACAGUGUAGGAGAAGGAGUCACUGCAGUUAAGGCAGGAGAGCGUGUGUUCACCACAGCCACAGAGUCUGGAGGGUAUGCAGAGUUCAGUGUAGCAGCGGAGCAGUGUGUCCACAGACUGCCCGACGCUCUGCACUUCACCCAGGGUGCAGCCAUCGGGAUCCCUUACUUCACCGCCUACAGAGCUCUGGUUCACAAAGCGAACACCAAACCGGGAGAGACCGUCCUCAUCCACGGAGCCAGUGGGGGGGUUGGCGUGGCAGCGUGCCAGCUGUCCCGGGCUCUGGGUCUCAGGGUGUUGGGGACAGCAGGGACCCCGGAGGGGAUGAAGCUGGCCCUCGACAACGGAGCUCACCUGGCCUUUAAUCACAGAGAGGAGGACUACAUAGACAAGAUCAUGCAAGCCACAGAGGGCCGAGGCGUGGAUGUGAUAUUAGAGAUGCUGUCCAAUGUGAACCUCAGUAAGGACCUGCAGAUGGCGGCCUAUGGAGGACGUGUGGCUGUGAUUGGCUGCAGAGGCUCGAUAGAGAUCAACCCCAGAGACAUCAUGGCUAAAGAGAGCUGCAUCAUGGGAGUGGCUCUUUUCUUCGCUACAACGGAGGAGAGCCAGCAGUGUGCGGCGCUGCUGUUCGCGGGGAUGGAGGCCGGCUGGCUGCGUCCGGUCGUCGGCUCUCAGGUCCCACUGGACCACGCCGCCCAGGCCCACCAUGACAUCAUCCAGUGUCCAGGGGCUGCAGGGAAGACCGUCCUGACCAUGUGAUGAAGAGACUACCAUAAAGGGGAGGGGCUUGCUAUAUCAAUGACUAAUCCGGCUACAUUACGCCACAGAUAAUGACUGAAAAUCACGUUUGGAAUGAGAACUAAAGAGCUAAUGUUGCAUUAUCAUUACUUCACUUUGUAAAUCAUCAGCACAAGGGUAUGCUGAGGAUACACUGCUGAACCUUUUACUGAUGGACAUGCUCAUUUUCCAAAAUAACAACUUUGUUUACCUAAAAAAUAUAAUUGAUUCAUUAAUGAUGAGGACAUUGGAGUCCUGAAUUAAUGUUUCAUAAAAAGAAUGACUAUAUAAUAUUACAAUGAGGUUCUAAAGACAAUUGAGAAGAUGGAUGAAUAUGUAUUCUUAUAAGUUGUAUUACAAAUUAAAGUGAUGAAUAAAAACACAUUUUAUUUUUUUGAUGUGAAAAAACCA